AUGAGCAGGACGUAUUUGACCGCCAUGAUCAUCACCGAUGAGGAAUACUACGAGGACAGAAUCAACUAUUUACUGUCAAACUCGGACGAAUUCCUCGCGUUCGGUCGCCCUAUUUCAUCAAAGAUCGUUCAUAUUGGUGGAAUUACACUGCUAGAAGCCGCUCCAUUAUCAAUGGAAUUGCGGCACAUUCUGGAGCAAGCCAAAAUGGGAGUGGUGUAUAUUUCCUUUGGCUCUAAUGCGCCAACCAAGAAAAUGUCCAAGCACUUCCGCGAAGCAAUAGUUAAAGCGGCGGAAAUUUUCAAAUAUUAUGAGUUUAUAUGGGAAAGUCGACGAAGGCGACGCGAUACAAAGCAUUCCAAAUUUGCACACAUUCAGCUGGGUUACUCAAGCAGCACUUAUAGGAAUGCGCUAUUCGUUGAAGCGAAGAACACAACGAUUGUAAUCACAAAGGAAGAAUUCAACAGCGAUACAUUCGCAGCUGCUCUUCAGAAUGUGUUGAAUGAUAAAAGGUGGGAGGAGCGAGAAAAAUGCACUCUAAAUCCGACGAAUUAG